AUUGACUCGAAUAAUAAUAAAUAAUGCACCUAUUGUCAACAUCAGACUUAAUCACUGAGACAAAUUAAAAGGAAUAAAAUUUUAUGAAUGAUCAUAUAAAAACAUGAAAAUCCAUAAAUUAGGUAAGAACAACUGAGCUACCAAAAGAAUCUAUCAAUGGCUCCUCUUAGUUGGCUUUUUUUCUUUGUUUUACACUAUAAUUGCUUGCAAUUUUGCUCUGCCAUUGACAAUCACAGCAUCACCACCACUCAAUUUCUGCAGGAUUCUCAAUCUUUAGUAUCAAGAAAUGGUACUUUCAAGCUUGGUUUUUUCAGCCCUACAAAUUCUGCCAAUCGUUAUGUUGGUAUAUGGUUUAACCAAGUUCCUGAUAGGACUGUUGUUUGGGUGGCAAAUCGCGACAACCCCAUCAGUGAUUCAUCCGGUGUACUGCAGAUUUCUGACGACGGAAAUCUUCAGUUGAUCGAUGGUCAGAAAAAGAUCAUUUGGUCAACUAAUGUAACAGGUUUAGUCAUUAAGAAUUCUACUGCAGAGCUUCUGGAUUCAGGGAACCUGGUUUUACAGCAGUCUAACUCUACUGAUACACCGGCAACAGUAUGGAAAAGCUUUGAUCAUCCUACAGAUACCUUCUUACCUGGUAUGAGACCCACAGUUUUAAGUACUCCUAACAAGAAAAAUGUCAUUUUCCGAUCAUGGAAAAGCCCCUCGGAUCCUUCUGUGGGGAGCAUCUCAGUUGGUAUUGGCACCCCAAACGGCCUUGCCCAAAUCUUUAUGUGGAAAGACGGUGCUAACUUCUGGCGAAGUGGUCCAUUUGACGGUAACAAUUUAAUUGGACUCCCAAACGUUGAUAAUACAUUGAAGGAUGGAUUUGUUCUCGAGGAGAAUGAUGGGAAUGGAACAUAUGACAUUUCGUUUGAGCCAGAAGAUACGUCUCUAUUGUUCAACUAUGUGGUAAAGUCUAAUGGUACUAUUAUAGAGCAAUAUUGGAAUGAUGCAAACUGGGUAGCAGGGUGGGUAGCUCCAUCAGCCGCGUGUGAGGUGUAUGGAACGUGUGGGGCUUUUGGCUCCUGUAUUCAUGACUCUGCGACUUGCAAAUGCUUGCAAGGUUUUAAACCGAAAUCUGAUCAGGAAUGGAAAAGGGGAAAUACAAGCAGUGGGUGUGUAAGACGGAAAAAACUUCAAUGUGGCAUCCAAGGAGGCACUGAAGAUGAAUUUUUAAGGCUACAGACAAUGAAAGUUCCAGACAAAGCAGUGCCGAUAUCAGCAUUUAGUCAGGAUGGUUGUAGAAGUCAGUGUGUGACCAACUGUUCGUGUUUAGCUUAUGCAUAUCAUUUGAAUAUUGGAUGCAUGAUAUGGAACGAAGACUUGAUCGACACUCAGGGCUUUUCUGCUGGUGGGGUGGAUCUUUACAUCCGUCUAGCAGCAUCAGAGCUAGAUAGAAGUAAAAGUCACAAAAAGACUGCAAUUAUCACAUCAGUAACAAUUUUAAGUGCAAUAGUUGCUGCAAUUUUCAUAUACUUUCUAAGAAGGCGGAUGAAGCAGAAAGGAAAGAGACAGCAAUCAAACAGAUACAAUUUUGAAGUUGGGCAACUUGAACUACAUGAGCCACCACUUUAUACAUAUGAUUUACUGAGAAAUGCUACAAACAAUUUUGAUGAAAGUAACAAACUUGGAGAAGGUGGCUUUGGUCCAGUGUACAAGGGAAUAUUGGAAAAUGGACAGGAAAUAGCAGUGAAAAGACUUUCAAAAUCAUCUGGACAAGGCCUCGAAGAGUUCAUGACUGAAGUGAAGGUGAUCUCAAAACUUCAGCACAGAAAUCUUGUCAGACUUCUAGGAUGUUGCAUAGAAGGAGAGGAGAAAAUGUUAGUUUAUGAAUACAUGCCUAAUAAAAGCUUGGAUAGUUUUCUCUUUCAAGAUUCCCUGCAUCAAGAACAUCUAUCAUGGGAGAAACGCUUCAAUAUAAUAGAGGGCAUAUGUCGUGGUCUCCUCUACCUUCACAGGGAUUCAAGAUUAAGAAUUGUUCAUAGGGAUCUAAAACCAAGUAAUAUUUUGUUGGAUGAAGAUCUCAACCCUAAAAUUUCGGAUUUUGGCAUGGCACGGAUAUUUGGGGGUAACCAAGAUCAAGCAAACACUAAAAGAGUGGUUGGAACCUACGGUUACAUGUCUCCUGAAUACACAAUGGGGCACUUCUCUGAAAAAUCAGAUAUCUACAGCUUAGGAGUUAUACUAUUAGAAAUCAUCAGUGGAAGAAAAAACUCCACCUUUCACCGCGAUGAGCAGUCUCUGACACUGAUGGGAUCCGCAUGGAAAUUGUGGAAUGAGGGGAAUAUGAUUACAUUCAUUGAUCCUGCUAUUCUUGAGCCAUGUUCUGAGAAAAGCAUUCUUAAGUGCAUACAGAUUGGACUAUUGUGUGUCCAGGAACUUUCUAAAGAUAGGCCGAACAUCUCAACAGUUAUAUCCAUGCUUGAAACUGAUGCAGAACACCUACCACAUCCCAAAAAACCUCCAUUCACAGAAUGGGAGAUUUCUUCGGAGGAUCAGCAAAGUAGUUCUCUCCUCAGCAGUUCUACUAACACUUAUUCCACAACAAUUAUACAGGGUCGAUAAUAUGAGCUCUCAACAUAUAGCAGUCAGAGCCUUAGCAGUCAGAACCUCAGAGGUACAGUUAAUCAACGGCCUGUUUGUAAGUCCAACAGUAGUUGAAAAGUGUGAUACGCAUAUUGAGCUGAAUUGAUUCCAAUAAAACAAAAAAGCAGUAAAAUGAUGCUAUACAUGUGCAUUAUCUCCUGAAUAACUUUACAGUAUGAAUUGGAUUGGACGUUGAUGAUUAGCGUUUGCUACAUAUUAUGCUUAGAAAUCAGUAUACACAACUGCAGUUCAUUGGUUAAACUAUCAAAUUUUUUUUC